AUGCAGCCUGUCAAGCCACAGUCUGCGCCCGUAUCCGGCGAUCCUGAUCAUACCUCUCGGCACGACGAAUAUGAGGUUGUCGAGGUCGAGGAUGACGGUUCUAGACUAGAGGCCCCAAGGAGUACCUACUCCAGGCCGCCUCUGCCUCGUCUGAAUUCACAGUCGCGAGCAUCUCCCUCGCCGGUGCCUCAUCAUGAAACCUCCCCACCGCAGCCUCACCCUCACCGAAACGGCAAUACAGGUACCCCACAGCCGCAAGAGGGCGGGCCUGUUCAUCUGCAGGGCUCGCGGGAGAUACCCAUCCCCAUCAGGACAUCGUCGAGUCAACAUCAAAGUGCACCCAAAGCACCCCCGCCGCCAACAACCGAGACUGUAGACAGUGGCACGGACGAAGCAUCACCUGAUGCCCGACCCUCCUCGAACAGCACCCCCAAGCCGCAAGAAAAGAAUGCUCCGAUCCAGAUACCCAAAGUUACACCACUGUCCUCUGGUCUUACGCUGCCUCCAAACCUUGCUCAGCUAGCGCAAGGUCUGGACGGAAAGUAUGUCGACGAGUUCGGAAACAUUCUCGACUGGAACGGUCAGGUGCUUGGUCGUGUCGAGGGAGACCUGCCGUCCAUGAUCGGACGGCCAGUCGCGGUAACGGGCGAGAUCUUCAGCGAGGACGGCGAGGUCGUUGGUUAUGUAGCAGAGAAUGAUACCAUCCCCCCGGCGCCUCCUUCGCCCAAGCCCAUUGAAGGCAUGGGCGACGGUUUGAAGGUAGACCAUAUGGGCAACAUUCUCGAUAAGAAUAACAACGUCGUCGGCCACUUCGACGGCGCCCCUCUGGCCAAGUCCCUGCAGCAGACUGGCCAGACUGGCAAAUCAAGACAGUCUAGUGGCGCCCGUCCUGGCCAUGUCCCCGACACGCGGACAAGCUGUCCUGAGUGUACUGCGCAUCAGGCCAAGCCAUCUUCUACAACACCCAGCCCUUCGGAGAUCUUCAUGGACGUCAAGUCGACCAAUGACGGAAUUCAGCUCAUCAUCAAGAUACCCACGGUUUUUCACGGCGGAGGAAAUCCUAAUAUCCAUAUAGGAACCGGAUCGUGA